CUGGGCGGGCGGCGGGUCGGACAGCGGCGCCAUGGCACCCAAAAAGAAGGGGAAGAAGGGGAAAGCCAAAGGGACUCCAGUUGUUGAUGGGCUCGCUCCAGAAGACAUGACCAAAGAACAGGCCCUGCCCCACCUGGAUAGGUGGAGGAGCAUGUUGGCCGCAUCCGGGAGGAGUUGGACCGGGAGCGGGAGGAGCGCAACUACUUCCAGCUGGAGCGGGACAAGAUCCACACCUUCUGGGAGAUCACACGCAGGCAGCUGGAGGAGAAGAAAGCUGAGCUGCGAAACAAAGACCGGGAGAUGGAGGAGGCUGAGGAGAGGCACCAGGUGGAGAUCAAGGUCUACAAGCAGAAGGUGAAGCACUUGCUGUAUGAGCACCAGAACAACCUGACAGAGAUGAAGGCUGAGGGCACUGUCGCCAUGAAGCUGGCACAGAAGGAGCACCGGUCACAGGAGGGCAUGCUGCGCAAGGACAUGCGCACUCUGAAAGUGGAGCUCAAGGAACAGGAGCUGGCCAAUGAGGUGGUGGUGAAGAACUUGCGACUGAAACACACUGAGGAGAUCACCAAGAUGCGCAACGACUUUGAGAGGCAAGUCCGAGAAAUUGAGGCCAAGUAUGAUAAGAAGAUGAAGAUGCUUAGGGAUGAGCUGGACCUUCGGAGAAAGACUGAGAUCCACGAAGUGGAGGAGAGGAAGAACGGCCAGAUCAGCAAUCUGAUGCAGCGCCACGAGGAGGCCUUCACGGACAUCAAGAACUAUUACAAUGACAUCACCCUCAACAACCUGGCCCUCAUCAAUUCCCUCAAGGAGCAGAUGGAGGACAUGCGGAAAAAGGAGGACCACCUGGAAAAGGAGAUGAUGGAGGUGUCCGUUCAGAACAAGCGCCUGGCAGACCCUCUGCAGAAGGCCCGGGAGGAGAUGAGUGAGAUGCAGAAGAAGCUUGGGAAGUACGAGAGGGAUAAGCAGAUCAUGCUCAGCAUAAAAGCACGCUUGAAAGUCACUGAGAAGGAACUGAAGAGCCUACAGUGGGAGCAUGAGGUGCUAGAGCAGCGCUUCCUCAAGGUGCAGCAAGAGCGGGACGAUCUGUACAAGAAGUUCACUGCAGCCAUCCUGGAGGUGCAGCAGAAGGUGGGCUUCAAGAACCUGAUCCUGGAGCGCAAGCUACAGGCACUUAAUGCUGCCGUGGAGAGGAAAGAGGUGCAGUUCAACGAGGUGCUGGCUGCCUCCAACCUGGACCCCGCAGCCCUGACACUUGUGUCCCGGAAGCUAGAGGAUGUUCUGGAAUCGAAGAACAACACCAUCAAGGACUUGCAGUAUGAGCUGGCCCGGGUUUGCAAGGCCCACAAUGACCUGCUGCGUACCUACGAGGCGAAGCUGCUGGCCUUCGGGAUCCCCCUGGACAACAUGGGUUUCAGACCCCUGGAGACCGCUGUGGUCAGGCAGACGCUGGGCCAGGGCCCUGCAGGACUGGUGGGCACCCCGACGUAGCCCCUGCCAGGACUGCUCCCUGGAUGACUCUCCCUUCCAUACUAUGGGUCUCAGGUGUCUGCUGUUGAGAUUGGUCUAGUUAGAAAUGAAGCUUUUUCAUAUUUGCUAUGUAUCCUCUUA